AUGGCGUGGUUUACUGGCAGUUUUAAUAAUAUCACCGAUCAAAUUUCCAACUUUACUAAAGAUGUCUUGGUCGAAGGAACACAAGAGAUUCCAGAUCAUCUUACUGAGCUGCAAAUUGCUAGAAAUCUCAUUACACAAUUAGAAGCUGAUGCACAGCAACAUAAGGAAGAGUAUGAAAGAUUGAAAAGGCAUCAAAAUGAAAUGGAAGAGCGCUCUGAAGCUGCUGAAUUGCAAAUAUCAAGUAUAUCACGAGAAUAUCGACAACUUUUACUAGAAAAAGAGAAUCAACUGAAGAGUCUUAAGCAACAGAACGAAGAAAUGUUGGAGAAACAGCAACUUAUAGAUGCUGCCUUAGUUGACAAGGCUUCGAUGGAGCAGCAAAGACAAGUUACCCUAAAUAUGCCCAAUACAUCUACCGGUCUAACGUUUCCGGAAACUGUUGACUUUACUGAUAUAAUUUCAUGUCAAAGAGAGAUUAAUAGAUUAUCAAUGGAAUUCUCGAAGAUGCAAGUUGAACGCGAUCGAUGGAGACAUAUUGCCGAUGAAGUAAGUUAUCUUCGACACAGCGAUCUGAAAUCGCAAUUAAGCAAAGAAAUAGAUGACCAUAAUCGUGAAAUGGUAGCUCUAGAACAAGUUCAUAAUGAGAGGAUACGCGCUGUAAUGCAGAAGCAUAAAGAGGAAACUAACGCCUUGAAUGAAUCUCGCUUAGAUGAUGCUGAGACAAUUAAACUUCUAAAAGAACAAAUUCAAAAUUCUACCCAAGGUAAGACUUUCCAGAGCGUCUCUCGUUUUGCUUUCAAUGCAAGAUCCACAAAUCAAAUUAGUUCUUUGAUCAACUAA